CUAUGUAACACACAUUAUGGCCGUUUCAGUGUUAUUUAUCUGUUAGUUGCUGUUUAACAACCCUUUGAGGUAGAUGUAAAUAUUGUUUAUUUAUUUAUAUUUGUAUAUUUGCAUUGCCUGGCUGCCUGCACUGGCUCUCUCAGGAGAGGGGGGGCGGGUAUUCAGCAUCUCGCAGCCUCCGCCCGCGUCUGUGGCUCUGUCCAACACAGUGGGAAUCGCAGACCGACAGGGGGACACACAGAGAGGGGCGAUGGCCGCCGAUGGAGGAUGCGGGGAAUCGGUGGAUCAGUACCGGGCCGAGUUGGAGCGGCUCACCCAAGAACUGGCCGAGGCGAACCGGGAGAAGAUCAGGGCUGCGGAGUGCGGUCUGGUCGUCUUGGAGGAGAACCAGACGCUGAAGCAGAAGUAUGUAGACCUGGAGACCGAGCAGGAGACUCUCAGGAAGGAGUUGGAGCAGUUACAGGAGGCAUUUGGCCAGGCUUACACCAACCAGCGUAAGGUGGCAGAGGAUGGGGAGACCAACGAGGAGACGUUGCUACAAGAGUCAGCCUGUAAGGAGGCCUACUACAUGGGCCGUCUGUUGGAGCUUCAGACGGAGGUGACACUAAGCCGCUCUGUGGCGUCCAACGCCCAGGCUGAGAACGAGAGGCUCAACACGCUCGUGCAGGAGCUACGAGAGAGUAACGAGAUGCUGGAGCUACAGAGGAGCAGGAUGAGGGAAGAGAUCAAGGAGUACAAGUUCAGAGAGACCAGGCUGCUCCAGGAUUACACAGAGCUGGAAGAGGAGAACAUCACGCUGCAGAAACUGGUGUCCACGCUCAAGCAGAGCCAGGUGGAGUAUGAGGGACUGAAACAUGAAAUUAAGGUACUAGAGGAGGAGACGGUUCUCCUCAACAGUCAGUUGGAAGAUGCAUUACGUCUGAAGGACAUUUCUGAGGGUCAGUUGGAGGAGGCCCUGGAUGCCCUUAAGAGUGAGCGCGAGCAGAAGAACAACCUGAGAAAGGAACUGGCCCAUCACAUCAGCCUGAGUGACAGCGUCUACGGAGCAGGGGCCCAUCUGGCGCUCACCGUCACCGGUGUUGAGGGCCUCAAGUUCCCAGAGGAGACCAACGGAACCAACGGCACCAACGGCGUCAUCCCUGCUGCUAAUGGCAACAAUGAGGACAGCAACCGCCGCAACGGCCACGUUCACACUGGCACCGGAAUGGCUAAGAUGAAUGGAGACUAUCGACCAGGCCGAAAAGGAGAAGGCCUGCACCCUGUGCCGGACCUCUUCAGUGAGCUCAAUCUAUCAGAGAUGCAGAAGCUCAAACAGCAGCUGCUACAGGUGGAGCGUGAGAAGGCGGCGCUGCUCAUGAACCUGCAGGAGUCACAGACCCAGCUGCAGCACACGCAGGGCGCCCUGACCGAGCAGAACGAGCGCGUCCACCGCCUCACGGAGCGCGUCAAUACCAUGAAAUGUCUCAAUGGGGACAAAGAGCUUGACGACCCACAGGAGAGCGAGAAACCUGAUGGUGGCUCCUUCUCACCACCAGCCAAUGGUCACCACGAUCCUGACAUCCAUGGGUUCGAGAUCCUGGAGUGUAAGUACAAGGUGGCGGUGACGGAGGUGAUCGACCUGAAAGCAGAACUCAAGGCCCUGAAGGAGAAGUACAACCAGGCUGUGGAGGGGCAGGGAGAGAACCACAGUGACGACAGGGUCCAGGCACUGAGUGAACAGCAGGUAACUCAUUUGGAGCGUAGUUAUCGUGAGAGCCGGGAGAGGGUGGCAAGCUUGGAGGCAGAGCUUCGGGCCUCUGCGAGCACAGCCACAGAGAGCCAGGGCAUGCUGAAUGCAGCACAGGAUGAGCUUGUAACCUUCAGCGAGGAACUGGCACAGCUCUACCACCACGUCUGUCUGUGCAACAACGAGACACCCAACCGCGUCAUGCUGGACUACUACCGCCAGAGCCGCGUCACACGCAGUGGCAGCCUGAAAGGCUCAGACGACCCCCGGGCUUUGCUCUCGCCUCGCCUGGCACGACGCCUCGCUGCGGCAUCUGCAGCCUGCUCCUCUGAGCCUCCACGUAGUCCCAUGGACUCCCCAUCCAAAGAUGCCCAUCAUAGUGAGACAACAACCAACACAGUGGACUCUUCAUCCUGCCAUAGCAGCCCCACCCGCAACCCCACGGGCUCCCCAGUCAUCAGCAUCUCUCCCUGCCCAUCUCCAGUACCCUCCGAGGCAGGUGGGGACCUGCGGAAGGAGCCCAUGAAUAUCUACAACCUGAACGCCAUCAUCAGAGACCAGAUCAAGCACCUUCAGAGGGCUGUUGACCGCUCACUGCAGCUGUCCAGGCAGAGGGCUGCAGCCAGGGAGCUGGCGCCUAUGCUUGACAAGGACAAGGAGUUGUGCAUGGAGGAGAUACUCAAACUCAAGUCCCUGCUCAGUACCAAGAGAGAGCAGAUAGCUACACUCAGGCUGGUGCUGAAGGCCAAUAAACAGACAGCAGAGGGUGCACUGGCAAAUUUGAAGAGCAAGUACGAGAAUGAAAAGGCGAUGGUGACAGAGACCAUGAUGAAGCUGAGGAACGAGCUGAAGGCUCUAAAAGAAGAUGCUGCCACCUUCUCGUCUCUCAGGGCCAUGUUUGCCACAAGAUGUGAUGAGUAUGUUACCCAGCUGGAUGAGAUGCAGAGGCAGCUGGCGGCAGCAGAGGAUGAGAAGAAGACACUGAACUCCCUCCUCCGUAUGGCCAUCCAGCAGAAACUGGCCUUGACCCAACGGCUGGAAGAUCUGGAGUUUGACCAUGAGCAGACCCACCGCGGCCGCGGCGCUAAAGUGCCCAAGAUAAAAAGCAGCCCACCCAAAUUUCUUGUAGAUUGUCAGCAGCCUGCUGCCUCAGUACCGUCACUUUCCCCACAACUAAGGCGAGGGAGAGCCUCCCUAGCCCGCAGUCCUAAAAUUUUGGCAGACCUCCAGGAACACCACGCUAUCCUGUCCGGCAACAAUGGCCUUCUCUCCCCCUGCGACCCUCGUAACUGUCUGGCCCAGCAACCCCAGCCCCCCGGCACCUAACCUCGCCGCUCCAGCCCAGGCCCUGGCCUCGGUCUUGAAGGAGUCAUUCAGAGACACAGACACUCUAGACGGGGGUUCCCUCAGAUUAACUUCCCCCAACCUAGCAGUCCAACCUGGUGCUUACUGAACUCUGUGACCCUCACCCAAGCGCUACAUGGUCCGGCCCUCGGCAGGCCUCCUGGUUACAUCGGUCGCAGAAGAAGAGCAGGACGCUCUCUCCUUCCCUGAAACUGACAUCCUGUCCUGGAAAAGGACUUAUCUGAGGCGCAAAAUGAGGGACAAAUCAUGGGAACCUUUUCCCUUAUUCGUACUAGUAUUUAUUUAUAAUUUAUUUCCUCUAUUGAUUAUUUAUUUACAUAUUGAUUUGUGACAAGUUUCUGAGAUAUUUAUUACUGGAAUGUUUUUUCUGUGUUUGUUGGUCAUUCUUUAAGAUGGAAAUCGAGACAGGUUUUACUGCUGUGGUGAAGACAACCAAAAGCAAAAAGUUCUUUCUGGUCUAGUGAACAGGUUUAAAAAUUGCCUAACCAUACUAUACGGCAUUUAAAAUGUUAGAUUUUGUUAGUAUAAUAAUAAAGAUGUAUGCCAUUUGUACAAUGGAGUGUAUACUGGGUUUGAAAUUGCAAACAGACUAAUGAAGGUAAACAUUUUAUUACAAGGAAAUUGUUUCUUGUGGUGGUGAUGGGUGGAUUUCAACUACCUUUCUAACGUCACUAGUCUUUCUUGGGAUGCUUGUGUUUUUUUAUACAAAGAAUUUUUUUUGCAAAUCAUGUGCAUAAAGACUAUUUUAUACCUCCUAUUAUUUUUAUUUAUUUUUAAAGCUGACAUGGUUGUGUCUGUUAUGUAGCUCAGAUCUCUUCAGAGACUGGGACAAACGAGAGGCGGGGUGUUUGAGAUCAUGACUAGGGCUGUUGGCCUGAGUUUUUGCCUUUUGAAUUGCACAGGUUUUAAGUGACCAUAGAGUGAACUGACCUCCACCUUUUUAAUAUUAGUUAAGAACAGAGGAUUCCCCCAAGGGUGUGCCUCUUCUUGAGUUGCCGUCUCUGUCAUGUCAACAUUAUAUUCUCACCAUGAAGUAUCUGUGUGAGCUCUUUUCUGUGAGCUCUUUCACUGUAUUGGUCACAACCCCAGAAAAAUGUUAUUAUGACCCUUAGUUUCUCCUACAAUGACAGUGACAGAAAUGUUAAUCAAAUUUACAUCCUCAGUAUCCCAAGCUACACUUGUUUGUUAUCGUCACAUCUCCAUUUUUAUCUGUCUCCACAUGCUUCCUCCAAAUUGUAUGCAGUACUGUCCAAGCACAAUUAUGCAUCUAGCAAUACAGUAGCACUGGUCUGUAAACUGAUCUGAAUAUAUUUACUUAAUCUGUCAACCAUUUCUGUCACUAUGAACUAACCAGCAGGCUGACAAGAAAGGCAAGAUAGCAGAAGUGUCCCCAAUUUUCUAAAAAAAGAAAAAAGAAAUGGGGACACACACUACUGUCAAUUUUCUUUGACACAGUUAUUGUUUCUUUUUGAAACACUGUAUUGAUCACAGAGGAAUGGGAAUAAGUCAAACCGAGAUGGAUGUAAUGUGUGGCAUUUGUUGCAUAAUUGAAGUCCCAUCUCUCUCUUUACACCCUCAUAAUGUCUUUAACAUUAAUGUUCUCCUCACUGCACUGAAUACAUACUUUUGUCAGAUGGGAAUGAAACAGAUAAACUGAAACUACAUAGCCAGUAUAGUUGUUGUAAUGACAGAUAAAAGCAUUUCUCCUACAUCAGCGAUGAAUGAGUGGACUCUGUCUGUUCUCUGUGUGUACAUGUGUUGGAUUUGUCUUUGUUAACAGUGUGUAUUGUUACUUUUGCAACUACAGAGUGAUAAAAAAAAAUAUGUGUGGUCCAAAAGUAGCUUCUGAACCCAUGCAGGCUCAUUGGUGACCUAACUCUCUUGGUUUGUUUGCACAAUAUAGCAAAGUUAAUGGAGAGAGACUAAUCGAAUGAAACAAAAAAAACUGAAAAAACCUGGUUUAAAAAGAACUAUAGCUGUAUGCUGUACUACAGUGGGUUUACAGUUUCUCCUCCAUUUAAAACAGUGUUUAAUUGGUUUCACAAGUAAAUAAAAGACCUGUCCUUGGAUUUGUAUGUGA